UCAUCUCCCACUGCCGUCCUAACCGUGGACGAACUAUUAAGUCCCUGCUAGCUGUCACUAUUCACAUCGCUAUUUGAGACACUCAUUUGGAAGAUUACUUGCUGCCUAGUUUGUGCGAUCGGGCACUCCCAGGCCCCCCAAUUCUUCCCUUCCCCUCUCGUGUUUCCCCCCCCCACACACACACACACACACAGACCAUCCACCAACCCUGACUCUCGACCAUGGCGCACGAAACCGCGCACUACCAGGAAUUUCCCGCCCAUGAGAACGAUCCUCUUCUGGGCCACCGGGGACCUGGCUCCAAACCUUCUCCCCUGAGCCAACUGCGCCGCCAUCUCCGCACCGAAGUCGACCCGCACCGAGCAGACCUUCUCCUCAUUUUCUGCUACGUCAUCACGGGCCUCCUGGACAGUUCUGCCGUGUUCAUCUGGGGUUCCUUUGUGAGCAUGCAGACCGGCAACACGGUAUACUUUGGACUAGGGCUGGCCGGGGUGGAUGAGAGUCAACGGUGGCUUAAAUCGCUCAUCUCGAUCGGCAGUUUCUGCAUCGGCUCCUUUUUCUUCGCCGUGUUACACCGCCUAUUUCACACGCCGCGCCAACGGUCCGCCCUGACUCUGUCCUUCUCCCUGCAGAUGGCUUGUGUCGCGGCCGCUGCGAGUAUUGUCACCGUGCAGCACACCGGCAAGACCGAUCCUCUGACGUGGAAGAUUGGCGUGCCGUUGGCGUUGGUCGCGUUCCAGAGUAGUGGUCAGGCUGUGUCGAGUCGCGUGUUGAAGUGUAGUAGUUUGACGAGUGUUGUGCUUACUAGUAUCUAUUGCGAUUUGUUCUCGUCGCCGGCACUGACCUCUUGCAGUGUGCUUAAGGCUCCUGAUGAGUGGAGGCGGCUGGGGGCUGUGGUGGGGAUGUUGAUUGGAAUUGUGACGGGUGGCUUGUGGGCGAGGAGUGAGGUUGGAUUGCCGGGCGCACUUUGGACUGCUGUAGUGUUAAAGGGAAUGAUUGCAGCUGCAUGGAUGUUGUGGAAGACGAAGGAGGUUGAUGAGGUGUAGGAUGCUUAAUACUGGGGGGACAAAUCACUACUAGUCGUAUUGUGGUCUAGCCAUUUGGCGCUAGAAAUCGCGCGUGGGGCGACGCACAGCAUACAGCAGGCAGCUUUUCUAUACAUAGUGCUUUACUUCCUAUAAUAGGCUGAGCUAUAGACUGGGGGCGAUAGCAGAGGUUAUGGCUCUACACUGGAUGUUGACGCACACCCGAUGUAGUCGCUUAAUUCCACUAAAUUAUAG